AACAAGGACCCGUCAGUUCAACUUGUGCAUCUCACUGCCAAGCUUGCCAUUUGAUAGAAGGGAGUCUUGCACUUAAUGUACCAUCAGCUUUUGAAGAUGUGGACAGUCUUUGUUGUUGCUUUCCUCUGUGGGACUCUUACUUUGGGCUCAGCAUCAUGCCCAAAGGAAUGCCGCUGUCCUCCGGAGGUGCCCAGAUGUGCCAAUCUCAUAAUGGAUAACUGUGGUUGCUGUAAAAUUUGUGCACGGCAGCUCAAUGAGGACUGCAGCAAGACAGAGCCAUGUGACCACAUCAAAGGACUUGAGUGCAACUUCGGAGGAGGCACAGCUAAAGGCAUCUGCCGAGCAAAAUCGGAUGGAAGAUCAUGUGAGUUCAAUAACAGGAUUUACCAGAAUGGGGAAAGCUUCCAUCCAAACUGCAAACACCAGUGCACGUGCAUGGACGGUGCUGUUGGAUGUGUGUCCCUGUGCCCACGUGAGCUCACGCUGCCCAGAUUCGGCUGUGCCAAGCCCAGGCUGGUGAAGAUGCCAGGCCAUUGCUGUGAACAGCUCGUUUGUCUUGAAGAAGGGAGAUCCAGAUUCAGGAAGCACAGCAAGCAGCACAGACAAUCUGAAGACGACCUCACCAGCAGGAAUGAACCGGCUCCAGUGAGGAGAGGAGGACCCAAGUCGUUACCUGAAGCUUUCACAUUUCAGUCCAAGGAUCCUCUGUCAUCCAAAGGAAGGACGUGUGUGAUCCAAACCACAGCAUGGUCCCCUUGUUCCAAGUCCUGUGGUACUGGGGUGUCAUCUAGGGUGACCAACAACAACAGCCGGUGCAAACUGGUGAAGGAGACUCGGCUCUGUGAAGUCCGCCCGUGCAACCAGCCAGCCAGCUUGAAGGAUGGUCAGAAAUGCAGCCACAUGGAAAAGGCCAGACAUCCAAUACACUUGUCCUACGCAGGCUGCCUUAGUCUUAAGAAGUUCCGGCCCAGGUACUGCGGGUCCUGUUCAGACGGGCGGUGCUGCGGGCCUGACCAGACCCAGACGCUGCCCGUCCGCUUCCGCUGCAAAGACGGAGACACCUUCAGCAAGAACGUGAUGAUGAUCCAGUCGUGCAAGUGCAGCCUGAACUGCCCCCGCAGCAACAGCAAGCCUCCUGCUCUCUACAGACACUUCAGUGCUUUCCACACACUGAGAGCAUAAAGCAGACUCACAGCAGCAUGGGUUUGAGUGGAAAGGUUAAGUGUUGAGUGACAGGGAGGACGCUGACAAACAAAACAAAUGAAACGUGAACAAAUUUGCACUUUUAGGCUGAAAUUCAUAAUGAAAUUCAUUGUUUAGAAUUUUGCUUCAUAACACUGGAGCUUGAUGAUUUGCUUCUUUUUGAAGUUAUUAUGUAACAUUACAUUUUUUAUUUUUUUUAUGUCCAGUUUUAUUUUCAUACUUCACCUAAGGUCCUAAUCACUAGACAGUUCCACUAACAUGGAAAUCACAUAUAUAAUGGCAGCUGUAACAUAAAUCAUUAUAAAAUAUCUUAUGUUUUUGUAUGUUUUCUA